UCUCAACCGGCCUUCUGCGUAGCACCAUUAUAAAUAAGAAUAUCAACAUGAUGAUCAAUCCCCAUCAUCAAGCAUAGAGCUGAGUACUCAUCUCGCUCACUGAGUCACCGACCAGAGUAAACCACUGGAGAUAAAGAAAGAAAGAAAUCAGGGCGAGGAGGGAUACGGGGAUUUUUGGGGCCGCCGGGACUCUGAUCAGAUGGGAAGGAAUCCUUCUUGUUCAAAGGAGGGCUUGAAUAGGGGAGCAUGGACAGCUACGGAAGACAACAUACUCACAGGAUAUAUCACAAUGCAUGGUCGAGGAAAAUGGAGUGACCUUCCCAAAAGAGCAGGGCUUAAGAGAUGCGGGAAGAGUUGUCGACUAAGAUGGAUAAAUUAUCUUCGACCUGAUAUUAAGAAAGGCAACAUAACCCCUGACGAAGAGGAGCUCAUUAUCAGGCUUCACAAUCUCUUGGGGAACAGAUGGAGUCUGAUAGCAGGGCGACUUCCAGGCCGAACAGGCAAUGAAAUCAAAAACUAUUGGAACACCAAGAACAUUAAUAAUGGAAAGAAAGUCCAAGAUCACCCUAAGUACCCUGCCUUUAAACGGACACCAUCAAAACUAGCACAAGAAGAGUCAAAUCUGGGUCCGAAAGGGUCAAAUGAAAAGCCAACUGAAGCAAAUACAGACUCAGAUGUGAUCCGUACCGAGGGAACUAGGUGUACCAAAGUUGUCCUAACCUCGGAGCAAGAAGGACUUCAUGAGGAUCAACUAAUUGUCAGUAAGCCAGUGGCUGAAUCUUUAGGCCGUCUUCAUGAACCAGUAGAUCAGUUUUCGAGAUUCGUUUUGGAGGAAAAUAAUCCGCCCAACUUCAUGAUGGACUUUGGGAUGGAUGAAAUCUUCCAUUCGGAUUUUCUCAAUAUGGAUUUCUCGCAGCUAUGUUGUUUUGAAAAUGAGCUGGGUGUUAAUUUGAUGCUGUAGUUCUAGAUCAAAGUGCUUUGGAUCGGAGCUCAUUUGUACGUUAAUCUUGUUUGUGUAAUUAUGUCUUUUCGUUGUUUCAUUAUUGUAUUAUGUAUUAUAUAUAUAUAGUGACAUGCAUGACAUGCAUGCGUUAUAUA